AUGUUUGCUAAACAAAUGUACUUUGUUGUCUUUGCAUUCCUCAUUGCCAUGCACUUCACUGCUGGUCAAGAACAAGCCAAUAUCCAAAACUUGGUCACCAGACAAUUCCAGCCCAACCUGUUCAACAUUAACAGAUUCGGUACAGCCACUUAUAACAAUAACAUUAUAUACCGAAACAAUAAUAACUACUUCUAUCACUUUAAUGGAAGACAAUUCAAUAUUGCACCAAACUUCUUACCUUCUGGAUACGGGCCUAAUAACAUUUUACAAUACCCAACCAGUGUCAAUUUCCCUGGACUUUCAAUAGUUCGUAACCGACUUUACCAAGGACAAUACCCAUUAUACAGAUAUAACAACGGAUUUGGUUACUUUCAAAAUCGACAGUUUUUUGGACUUCCUAACAACUUUGUGCUCAGAAGGUCGGUCGCAUUUGAUGGUGCAGAAGAGGAGUCUGUUGCUUGA